GCUUCGCUGCAGGACGAGCUGCUGUCCCCCGCCUCCAUGCACUACGCUCUGCCUUCCCCGCUGUGUGCCGACCAAUACUGGAAUGAGGUGGCCAUCCUGGAAGCCAUCCCCAUGGCUGCCAGCGAGCAGGAUGCCCUCCUGGAGAUGUCGGACAUGCAGGUAUGGUCCUCCGGGCUGACGCCCUCGCUGGUGACGGCCGAAGAUUCCUCCCUGGAGUGCAGCAAGGCUGAGGACUCGGACGCCACGAGUGAAGGGCGGUUCACGGGGCAGCUGCUGGAGGAUGUGCAUGGCCCCGCCGACCCUCUUGGUUCCAUGGACCUGGUGGAGGAAGACACAGUGGAUUCAGAUGCCAUGAAUGGCCUGAUGGACAUGUUAGAGCAGGAGGAAGGUCAGAGGCCAGCAGAGAGUCCAAGUGGGCAUCACAGAGUCGCCCACUAUUAGCCGGGUGAUAGAGAAGGGCAAGGACAGG